GUGUGUCAGAGCUUCUACAAAAGACAACUUGCUGAAAAAUGAGGAAGAACGAGUGUGAAACAUAAAAGAAGUUCCUGAUCACAGACUAGCACCAUUUGUCCUUUCAGCACCACCUUCAUCACUUUCCAAGGGCUGAAAUAUGGAGACGAUAAUCUAUGAAAACGAAUCUGCAAUGUCUAUGGUAUUUGAAAACCUCCAUGAUGCCACAGUCAGGGUUGUUGUAUCAAAGAGCCGCUCUGGAGAAGACAGUCAAGUUCCUGCUGCAGCACCUGAAAAAGAAGACGAGGUAAUGAAGAGGGAACACCAAACCUCAGGAGUAAAACUGUACGGACUGGUUGCUGUGAGCUUUGGACUCCUGUGUAUCCUGCAAGUGACUCUCAACAUUUUCCUGCAUCUUGCUCUCUUUGCAGAUACUGAGGCCAGAUUCAAAAACCUGACUGAAGAGAGAGAAGAGCUGGAGAGGAAAAUGAAUAUCUCUGAUUCACAGUAUCAUUCCCUGACUGAAGAGAGGGAUGAGUUGAAGAAGAGACUGAAAAACUUUGAGUCACAGUAUAAUUCCCUGACUGAAGAGAGUGACAAGUUGAAGAGGAGACUGAAAAAUGGAUGGCUGUAUUUCAGCGGUAGUCUCUAUUACAUUUCUUCUAACGAGAAAACCUGGCAAGAAAGUAGAAAAGACUGUCUUCAAAAAGAUGCAGACCUGAUUAUUAUAAACAACAAAGAAGAACAGAAUUUCAUGCGAGAAUUCAAGAAGUACUUGUGGAUUGGACUCACUGACAUAGAGACGGAGGGGAAAUGGAAAUGGGUGGAUGGGACUCCACUGACAAGAAGCUUCUGGGGUUCUAAGGAGCCAAAUGGUAAAACACUUGAAAACUGUGGGCAAAUUAAACAUCCUGAUUCGGAAAACAACUGGAAUGAUGAAAGAUGCUCCAAUCCACACUACUGGAUCUGUGAAGAAAAAUUUUCUCCAUAAUUGCAUCCAAACCUGCCAGACAAUACAGAAAACAGGACAAAAAGGGUGGAUUUCUCAAUUUCAGCUGAACAGAGGAAAAGAUUUAAUCACUUUGUUAUUUUUUCAGUUUGAACAUGAACAUAAUUUUCAUCAUUUGUUGGCUUAGUAUCAGUGUAGUGUCAAAUGUUCUCUGCACUGUAGGGAAAGUGACCACUUAUGUAAAACCAAUAUACAACUAGGGUCACUGCUUUGCUGCAAAAAAGGGAAUACUGUAAUACAUAUGCUUUGAUUCCUCUUUAAAUAAA